AUGCGCGUGAAUCAAACACGUAAGGGUGAAACAUAUUUGGAACACAAAAUUGAGCUCCUGGGGAAUGAUGGAAAAAUUCAAAAACGUGACCUUACGUUACUGCAACCAAAAAGAAUGCAUUUGCAGCCAGCUGAAAGUGAUAAAAAAUACAAUCGACCAAAAUGUAAGUUAACUUUAUAUGCUUCUGAUGGAUAUUUACUCCUGAUUAGAAUGAUGAAGAUUACGCCGGAAGAUAAAAAUAUCGCUAUGAACAUUGUGCACGAAGAAACUCGAAUUUAUGAUAGUGAUAAUGUCAAUGUCAAUAGAGUACCGGAAGCUACCAGUACUACGAGAAAGACGAGGAAAACAAAAGCGAUCCAGAAAUUUUGUGAUCCAACUUAUGCAAAAUGCUAUAAUAGGACAAUACUAGCAAAAGAUGCGAAUUACAAAAUGAUUGAUUUGAUCGAAUUAAGAUGCAAGGAGAGUAGCAAAGAGCCAAAUAAAAAAUUAACUGCAACCUCUAAUGGUCACCACAAUAAGAAAGACAUGAAAUCAGCUGAAACUAAAAAUUGCGACUUCAAACAAUUAGUUGGUUAUGGUGAAGGAUUAUUAACCAUCGAAACUAUUUUGGAUUUAUUAGCAGUGACGAAAUUAAAGCUACCAGAACAUUUAAAAAUCACAGCACCACAACAAGCAAAUUUGAAAAGCGAUAGGCGAAAUGACAAUUCUCCUCCAAAAUCCGGAUUAAGUGACACAUCAGCUGGUGGUGGUAGCGAAUCAGAUGAUCAUUCACCAUAUCUGCCUGCUAACCAUGAUUCCAGCUCAGAUAAAGGCAUUCAUGAAAGUAAUCCACCCACUGCUGUUUGUAAAGCUUCACUAGUGAACAUUGCUGCUUCACCUAAAAAUGGUUUGUUACGCUCACAUCAAUAUCCGGAUGACAUCUGCUGCCUCAAAUCAGCUAAUAUCUGGAGGAAGCUACCACCAAGAUUGCCAGAAAUCAUGACAGUGAAAAAACCAGGACCAAAGCCACUUAAAUCGAAAUCAUUUGAAUCUCCAAGGCGUAUUUUUCAUACAUCAGAUGAAAGCACCCAAUCAGAUUUUAGCACAGAGAUGAUUUCGCCAAAGGCACUGCCAGUGAGUUCUACGGAAUAA